CAAGAGUGUUCAGUUGUUUAGUGUGUUUACUGACAAAUGAGAAGAUUAAACUUCUAACAUUAGAGAUCUCUUCAUUGUUAAAUAUGGCGACGUCCUAUCUCAUUCGUUCGGUCACACAGAGUUGUAAACUUGGGUUAAGAUUUAACCCAACAGUCAACAGUAAUGCAUAUAUUUUUCAUCCUUCAACUUCAAUUGUACAAAUCUCUUUUUCCAGAACAUAUGUUAGUUUUGUAAACAAAGUAACGGCCGAUCAGCUAUGGAGUGGAGUUACUAGUGUUAGCAAUGCUGGCAAAAAGCGAGGUCGUGGGCGAAGUGUAAAGAAACGCCUUGAUCUUAACAGGGGCCAAAGGCUUGGUGUAGGUAAAUCUGAAAUGGUAUUUCCUGGACUAACUGGUCCAGCUAUGACUGGGAAAAAAAUUCUUGAGGUUUACCAGCCUAAAAAAGAUGAAAGUGCAGAGGCAGCGUCUGCUCAGAAAAAAGUACCAGAGAGAAAACGUCGAUUUCCCAAAAUUCCUGCUCUUUUGAGAGGUUACAGUGGUAGAAAAUUUCCAGGCACAAGUAUUGGACCACCUGAUCCCAUCAAUGAUUAUGUUUUCAAUGGUUUUGAUUCCAAAGUUUUAGAGUAUAAAAUAGUGAAUCACAUGACUGGAAACUUAGGUAGAAAAGCAAGGAUUAGUGCCCUUGUUGUGACUGGCAAUGGAAAUGGUUUGGCAGGAUUUGCUGUGGCUAAAGCAGCUACUGGUAAAGCUGCAUUGAGAAAGGCAAAAAACAUGGCUGCUCAAAGACUGCAGUACUUUGAAAGAUACCAAAACCAUACAGUGUUCCACAAUUUUGCUGUUACUGAAUCAAAAACAACAAUAUUUGUUCAGAAGAAACCUGCAGGUCAUGGUGUGGUGGCACAUCGAGUUAUUAAAACUAUGUGUGAGCUGAUCGGGAUCAAGGAUUUGUAUGCCAAAACAGAAGGCCAGACUGGCAUCAUUCAAAAUGUGACCAAAGCUUUCUUCAAAGGUCUUAUGGAGCAGGAAACUCACCAGCAGUUAGCAGAUAGGAUGCAAUUAAAUGUGGUAGAGUACAGGCCAGAGAUGGAGAAUGUUCCCAUCCCUGUAGCCAAACCUAGCCAGGGGUUCUCAAGACCUGAUCCAGUUAAAGAAGAAGCAUUUGAUUUCAACAACUUGUACUAUAAAGAUGGCAGGAUCCCAUUGAAGAAGUAUGUAGACCCUGAUCUUCAGUUCAAACUUCCAUCCACAUUGAGGUACUUUUUAAAUCAACAUAAACAUCGAAACCAGAGGCAUGCCAGGUAUUUGAGACAUGUUCAUGGGCUGGAGCCAUCACCUGAAGAGGUCAAGUUUAGACAAAAACCACUGAAAUAGCUUAUCAUAUGACUGACUGUUGACAAAUGUACUAUGAAUGAGUUUUGUAAAUGAAAAAAUAGUAAACACCAAAAUAUGCACACAA